AUGGAAAAUUUGAAAGAUAAUAGUGAAAAAUCACUUUUAAGUUUACCAAAUGAAAUACUCGAACAAAUUUUUUUUAAUUUAUCGCCGUACAGUGAUUUGCCUAAUUUGAGAUUAGUGUGCCAUCGGCUGGCCGAGGUUGCUACUUGCUGUCUGACAACCAACAAAAGACAUUUUAUGACAGCCAUUGAAAAUGGCGAGCUUGUCUGGUCUUACCUUCGUGUUAGGUCAAAAAAUAGUUCAAUAUCCCCCAGGUUCCUACAUUCUGCCAUCUAUCACAAAAAAGACAAAGCUGUUUAUGUGUUUGGGGGCUGUUCUGCUUUAACCACCUGCUUCAAUGACACUUGGAAAUUUGACUUAGUGAGAAAUAACUGGGAAAGACUUAGGUUGUCAGGCACAUACCCGCAGCCGAAAUCCUGGUCCACCUUGAUACUUUAUAAUGGUAAAUUUGUGUUAUAUGGCGGAUGUAGCUACUCUUUGCAUACCAUAUCUGAAUAUUCCGUCUACUUUCCUGGUCUGUAUACACUGGACCCCGUCGAACGCACGUGGGAAGUAGUUAAGACGAAUAAUGAGCCGAACGGUAGGGCAGGCCAUCAAGCUACGAUUGUUAAAGAUAGGAUGGUUGUUAGUUUCGGGGUACAAGAUUACAAUAUAAGGUUUUUUUUUGUAUGUGUGUGUAUGUGUGUAUUCGUCUGUUUGUGUGUAUGCUUUUGUGUUUGUAUGUGUGUGUGUCCGUUCGCGUGCUGCUGA